GAGGCGUGGGGCCCGCGAGUGGCGUCGGACGCGAGCUGCAGGUUCACGGAGGAUUCCGGAAUCCUGUCUGACCCCCUGCCGGGAGGCGCAGGGUGGGGCCCGGGGUCCGCUGGGGCGCGGGCCAGCCUGCUCGGGGCGCCCAGGAGGGGAGCAUCCCCCAGUGUGCCUGUAAUUACGCGAGAAACUGGGGAGAGGAGGAAAACUGUCACCGCCAAUCCUGCAGCCUGGACCCAUCAUUCCUAGAGUUUGCUGUGCGUUCGCUACGGUGGUAGUAUCUAUCAUCCGAGCACGUUUCCUCACAGAUGACUCGCAUUUACCCUGCUCUGGUUAGCAGUUAACAAACGCGAUUCAGUGUUUAUAGAUGGAUAAUUUUCAGCGGUAUUGAUACCGGGGAUCGAACCCGGGACCUUGCACUUGUGAGGCAGGCGGCGGAACCACUGAGCUAAAUCCCUGGCCUCAUUUUCCUUUCUUAAUAAGUAGCAAGUGUUCCUUGGAGACACAUUGAAGAAUGGAGACAGGCGAAACCAGGAAAAGUAGUUUUGCUGUCUAGCGGUAACUAGGCUUGGGUAAAUAGUGUUGGUUGUGUGUACGCCCCAAGAUAGGGGCCGAGCUCCUGUGGGGAACCUUUGAAGGUUUUGAGAAGGGGAGUCGCAUAAUCUGACUGCUGCUCGGAGGAAAAAGUCGGGAGAGGGCGCUGGGAGAUGGUUUAAGAUGCUGUCCGCAGUAGCUUGGCCUAGGCCCAUGGCGGCGGAGAUGGGGAAGCGGAAAAGGGUUGAAAAGUAUUUUGGAGGUACAAGUAACAAGACUUAGAAAUGGAUUGUUGCCGGACUGGUAGCGCAUGCCUCGGGAGACUGAGGCAGGAGGAUCAUUGCGAGUUCAAGGCCAUCCUGGUCUACAUGUGAAGAACUGAAAGUCAUCAUGUCAGGCAUCAAGCGAACCAUCAAAGAAACUGACCCUGACUAUGAGGAUGUAUCUGUGGCCCUUCCGAAUAAGCGGCAUAAAGCACUUGAGAAUUCAGCUCGAGAUGCUGCUGUGCAGAAGAUUGAGACUAUUAUCAAAGAGCAGUUUGCUCUUGAAAUGAAGAAUAAGGAACAUGAGAUUGAAGUCAUUGACCAGCGCCUGAUUGAAGCUCGGAGGAUGAUGGAUAAACUUCGGGCGUGCAUUGUAGCAAAUUACUACGCUUCUGCAGGUCUUCUGAAAGUCUCUGAUGGAUCCAAGACAUGUGAUACAAUGGUUUUUAAUCAUCCUGCUAUCAAGAAAUUUUUGGAAUCACCGUCUAGGUCGUCAUCUCCUACAAAUCAGAGAUCAGAAACGCCAUCAGCUAAUCAUUCAGAAAGUGAUUCUUUAUCACAGCACAAUGACUUCUUAUCUGACAAAGAUAAUAGCAGCAAUAUGGAUUUGGAGGAAAGACUUUCAAACAACAAUGCAGAGCAGAAGCCACGGAGUACUGGAAGGGACACUUCUAGUGUUACUGGUUCCCAUAAAACGGAACAGCGGAAUGCUGAUCUCACCGGAGACGAGACUUCACGACUUUUUGUGAAGAAAACAAUAGUAGUAGGCAAUGUGUCCAAGUACAUACCGCCAGAUAAGAGAGAAGAAAAUGACCAGUCAACCCACAAGUGGAUGGUGUAUGUUCGAGGGUCUCGUAGAGAACCCAGCAUUAAUCAUUUUGUCAAAAAAGUGUGGUUCUUCCUUCAUCCCAGCUAUAAACCAAAUGACCUUGUGGAAGUUAGAGAGCCUCCUUUUCACCUGACCAGAAGAGGCUGGGGUGAGUUUCCUGUGAGAGUUCAAGUGCACUUUAAGGACAGCCAGAACAAGCGGAUAGACAUCAUACAUAACCUGAAGCUGGAUAGGACCUACACUGGCUUGCAGACGCUUGGCGCAGAGACGGUAGUGGAUGUCGAACUCCACCGGCACUCUCUCGGAGAAGACUCCGUUUACCAUCAGUCCUCUGAGUCAGAUGUUUCUGAUGCCCCUCCACCUUUACCUUUGACCAUUCCAGCCCCAGUGAAGGCUUCUUCACCAAUAAAGCAGUCCCUCGAACCAGUUCCUGAUGCCUCUGUGGAGAAAGGAUUCCCAGCCAGCACGGAAGCUGAGAGACACACUACAUUUUAUUCUUUGCCAUCUUCAUUGGAAAGAACACCCACUAAAGUGACAGCGUCCCAGAAAGUUACCUUUUGUUCUCAUGGCAAUUCAGCUUUCCAGCCAAUAGCAUCAAGCUGCAAAAUUGUACCACAAAGUCAGAUUCCUAAUCCUGAGUCACCUGGAAAAUCCUUCCAGCCCAUUACCAUGAGCUGCAAGAUUGUCUCAGGUUCCCCAAUAUCAACUCCAAGUCCAUCACCAUUGCCUCGAACCCCAACUUCCACUCCAGUCCAUGUGAAGCAGGGCACUGCCAGCUCUGUUCUGAACAACCCUUAUGUUAUCAUGGAUAAGCCCGGGCAGGUUAUGGGAGCCUCCACUGCAAGCACAGGAAGUCCUACAAACAAGCUCUCCACGGCUUCUCAGGUCUCCCAGGGAACAGGCUCCCCUGUUCCUAAAAUUCACGGAAGUAGUUUUGUAACAUCCACUGUCAAGCAGGAGGAUUCUUUGUUUGCAUCUAUGCCACCUCUUUGCCCAAUUGGUAGUCACCCUAAGGUUCAGAGCCCCAAACCUAUAACUGGAGGACUUGGAGCUUUCACAAAAGUGAUCAUCAAACAGGAACCUGGUGAAGCUCCUCAUGUGCCCACAACGGGAGCUGCCAGCCAGUCACCACUUCCUCAGUAUGUGACCGUGAAAGGGGGUCACAUGAUAGCUGUAUCCCCUCAGAAACAAGUUAUAACUGCUGCAGAAGGGUCUGCCCAGUCACCAAAGAUUCAGCCCUCCAAGGUUGUCGGGGUGCCAGUUGGGUCUGCCUUACCUUCAGCAGUGAAGCAGGCUGUGGCAAUCAGUAGUGGCCAGAUCCUUGUGGCCAAGGCCAGUUCUUCUGUCGCCAAAGCAGUUGGUCCAAAGCAAGUUAUGACCCAAGGAGUUGCCAAAGCACUUGUGAGUGGAGGUGGAGGAACCAUCGUUGCGCAGCCAGUACAGGCCUUGACCAAGGCGCAGGUCACUGCCUCUGGCCCUCCAAAGAGUGGAUCCCAGGGCUCAGUAAUGGCAACCUUGCAGCUACCAGCCACUAAUUUGGCUAACUUGGCAAACUUGCCUCCAGGCACUAAACUGUACCUUACCACGAACAGCAAGAACCCUUCAGGGAAGGGGAAACUACUGCUGAUUCCACAGGGAGCCAUCCUGCGAGCUACCAACAAUGCCAGUCUGCAGUCCGGCUCAGCCGCCAGCAGUGGUGGGGGUGCUGGUGGGGGAAGCGGAGGAGGAGCAGGAGCAGGAGGAACCCAGAGUGCUGCCGGCCCUGGUGGGGUUUCCCAGCACCUGACAUACACGUCCUACAUCCUCAAGCAAACUCCCCAGGGCACAUUUUUAGUUGGCCAGCCCUCACCCCAGACACCUGGUAAACAGCUGGCUGCUGGGUCAGUGGUCCAAGGGACACUGGGAGUCGCCUCCUCUUCUGCACAAGGACAGCAGACACUGAAGGUUAUCUCUGGACAGAAAACCACUUUGUUUACACAGGCAGCCCCCGGGGGACAAGCUUCGAUAAUGAAAAUAGCUGAUAGCACCUUGAAGUCUGUGCCGGCCACCUCGCAACUCUCAAAGCCUGGGACCACCAUGCUUCGGGUAGCAGGAGGGGUCAUCACAGCUGCUGCUCCCCCCGCCGUGGCCCUCUCAGCAAACGGGCCUGCACAGCAGUCUGAAGGGACAGUCCCCGGCUCUUCAUCUGCUGUCGGUUCUGUGAUGAAAACUGCCGGGCACACGCAAGUGUGUGUGAGCCAGGCCACCGUGGGAACCUGCAAAGCCGCGGCUCCCGCUGUAGUCAGCACAGCUUCCCUGGUAUCCACCCCGAACCCUGUCUCUGGGAAGGCCACGGUCUCAGGAUUGUUAAAGAUUCACUCCAGUCAGUCCAAUCCACAGCAGGCUGUUCUGACAAUUCCCAGCCAGCUCAAGCCUCUCAGCAUGAACACCUCGGGAGGGUUACAGACGAUACUGAUGCCUGUGAAUAAAGUGGUUCAGUCAUUUUCUACCAGCAAAUCACCUCCCAUUCUGCCUGUGGCUGCCCCAGCUCCAGCUGUCCCCAGCUCUGCUCCAGCAAAUGUUACAAAAGUGAAGACUGAACCAGAAACCCCCGCGCCAAGCUGCCUCUCAAAGGAGGCCCAGACAGCGGUGAAAACAGAAGAAAGUUCUGAGCUGGGAAACUAUGUCAUUAAGACAGACCAUUUGGAGACUUCCCAGCAACUUCUAACAGCAGUGGUAAAGAAGAUUCCAUUAAUCACUGCAAAAAGUGAAGAUGCCAGCUGUUUCUCCGCCAAGUCUGUGGAGCAGUAUUAUGGCUGGAACAUUGGGAAAAGGCGAGCCGCGGAGUGGCAAAGAGCAAUGACAAUGAGAAAAGUCUUACAAGAAAUACUGGAGAAGAAUACAAGAUUUCACCACCUGACUCCCCUUAAGACCAAGCACAUCGCACACUGGUGCCGCUGCCAUGGCUACACGCCCCCAGACCCCGAGAGCCUGAGGAGCCAGGGGGACUCCAUCGAGGAUGUGCUGACCCAGAUCGACAGUGAGCCAGAGUGCCCGUCAUCCUUCUCCUCCGCGGACAGCCUCUGCCGGAAACUAGAGGACCUGCAGCAGUUUCAGAAAAGAGAACCGGAGAAUGAGGAGGAGGUGGACAUCCUGAGCCUCUCGGAACCACUAAAGAUAAACAUCAAAAAGGAGCAGGAAGAGAAACAGGAAGAAAUGAAAUUGUACCUGCCACCAACUCCCGGCUCUGAGUUCAUCGGUGACAUCACACAGAAGAUCGGGAUCACCCUGCAGCCUGUGGCGCUGCACCGGAACGUGUACGCAUCGGUGGUAGAGGACAUGAUCCUAAAGGCCACGGAGCAGCUGGUGAGCGAUAUCCUGAGACAGGCUCUGGCCAUCGGGUACCAGACAGCAUCUCACAACAGGAUUCCCAAAGAAAUCACAGUGAGUAACAUUCACCAGGCCAUUUGCAACAUUCCCUUCCUGGAUUUCCUCACAAACAAACACAUGGGGAUCCUGAACGAGGAUCAGUGAGCACUGGGACAGUGCCCUCAGAAGCAGGACUCCAGCUCUGUCUGAAGUGGUGACUGCAGUGACUCUCCUGUCCCGAGAGCUUGUUUCUGUGUGCCUUGGGCAUCGCGGCCUCUGCCUGAGUGUAGUACCAGAGUGUCCAUUCCAUAUGAAACCUGCUAGGGCAGAAGUCUCGUUUCCUGGUGUGGAAGAGGGUUUAGAGCAGGGCCAGGCCGUGGGGUACCAGGUCCUGCGCUCCUCUCGGAGUGCUCAAGGGGGUGCCUCAGGCCUCAUUCCCCAGGAGACAGGUCUGUCAGGCAUAAGGCUGCUCCUCCCUGGGCUGGGGUUGCCCUGAAGCCAAUCGGGCUUCUCACUCAGUGAGGGACCCCGGUGCGAGAGUCUGCAGUCUGCUCUCAGCCCACACGGAAAGAAGUGACGCCCUGCAGGACCCCACGAAGGCCCGGGAGGCUGCAGAGUGCAGGACUGUUGCUCUGUGGAGCACAGGGGCACAGUGCAGUCAGUGUGGAACCAAGCCAAGGAAUGGGCAGGCCUGGACAGAGACCGGAAAAGACCCGACUGAGGGAACCUGAGUGCAUCAGGAGUAGACAGCAUCCUCACAUCCCCGACCUCGGCAAAUUCACACCAGCUCUGCAUGAGUGCGCUGAGCUGCAGGGGCCGCGUUGCCCCGCCUUACACGCGUGGGUCCCCUGGGCCACAUCUGUCCUGUCAGCAGCCCCCGAAUCCUGUCCUCCUUUGCUGGGUUUUUCCUCAGGAGGAAAAGUGUUUAAGAGGAACACCUGUGAGUGCCUUAAAGUCAGAGAAAGAACUGCUCAGGAUGGGGACGGCUGCCACUGCCCAGAGGCAUCCUGAGCAAAACUGCCUCUGGGAGGGCGCAGGUGGGGGAGGGCAGCAGUGCACUGCAGGUAUCCAGACUGUCAGGGGACGAGGUCCUGGCCUUCCUGACACGGCCUGCGUUGAGGGCGAAAAACUUCCAGUUAGAAACCUGCUCUUUUCUGCUCAGUGAAUGUGAAACCUGUGAGCAGAGGCAGCACCGUAAUUCACGUUUCCAUGGGCCCCAUAGAUGUUUGUGGAAAGUAAAGCAGUGGGGUGCAGAGUAAAAUCUGCCUUUCUAAUUCAGCAUCUGAGAGUUGCGAAUGCAGGAGAAAUCUUUACCAUGGGGUGCAGGCCAUGGGGGCACCCUGGCCUGAUGAUGAGCUAGCUGAGCAGCUACGGCUCAGGUACUCUGCGUCUGACCACUUCGAGGGUGCCGGGUGGUCAGUGGGGACAGACGGACGGACUUCAGAAGCCCUGCGGCUCUGAGAGCUGAGGGGACAGACACCUUUGUUUCAGGUAUGAGAGCCUACAGACGUUUUCUUUUUGAAAAAGAAAUAUUAAAUGGUUUAACAGCAUCCUGUGUUCCCGUAUUGUGUAACAAAAGGUCUACAAUAAAUCUUUUAGCAUUUGUGA